GACCUCUCUGCAUCUUUGUGUGAUAUUUUUUCUGAUAGUUUUGAUGAUGAACUUUUCCAAGCAAAGACUGCAGAUGUGUAAGUUUUUAAAAAAUUAAUUAUAUCACUUUCACAUGCAGAAUGGAUAAUCAAACAUAUUUAUGAAUACCUUUUAGUGCAGUGUUUCCAAGGGUUAAUUUUUUCUUUUUCAGCUCUGACUUGAAUGUAAUGCAUUCAUUUUACUGUUUUAAUGGCAUCACAAAUUAACCAUUCUCAUGAUUAGAGUAUUUUAUUAUUUCUUAACAAGAUCUCCAGUUUUGAAUGGAUUAUUUUUGUCUUAAAGCAUCAAUUUAGUUUAAACUGUAGCACAUGAUGGAACUAGCUAAGCAUAUAUUUUUUAAACCAAACUAAACUUAUUGAAACUUAAAAACUGCAACAAGCUCCUACAGAAAUUUAAAAUUUAUAAAAUUGAUUUUACUUUUACUAUAGUGCUAGAGAAAAUUUUACAUUUAUCAUGGUCUGGGGAACUUCUCGUUGUAGUACGUUAUAUUCGUUAUGAAUAUUUUCAGUGACUUAUAAUUUUCAUUUUGAAAUAAAUUUUAUUUCUUUAUUAGGUCUGAACAAUUUCAUAAAGAUUUCAGAUUUACUGACCUUUGGCAGAGGUUCUAUGUGGAGGAGGUCUUUCAUAAAAGGUAUUUAUUAGACAUUUUAGAGUUAUGUACUGUAGAAGACUUAAGAAUAUGUUUGUAAAGAUAUUCCAUUUGAUCGAAUGACAUAUUCAAGAGAAUCAAAUAGCAAUCUCAAAGUUUUGUUUAUCUCUUAGGUCACUAGCCAAAUUACCAAGGAAUUAGCUGUAAACAAAUUUCCAAAUGUUAUGAAUAUUACUUUUUUUUUUUUAAUUUCACCAUACGUGCACAUAUAAAAAAUAUUUUACAUUUUUAUCAGUAUCUAAUAAUCUUGUUUUAAAACAGGGAAACAGAUGAAAUCCACUUGAGUUUAAAAAAAGAAAAGUCUCAAAAAUCAUAUUUGUGUGUUCUGACUGGAUUUUGGUAGGAAUCAGUUUUAACUUUUCUUAAAUGACUAUUUUAUGGCUGUUAUAUUUCCUUUACAGGGACAUUUAUCAUGGAUCAAAUGGAUGAUUGCACUUGAUUUUAUGUGCAGCUAAACAAUGACAAAUAUUAACACUGCAUAUUCCUAGUAAUAAAUAAAAAUGACAACUAUAUUUUAGUAAUUGUAACACACCUACUCUGACAUGGCGUGGGAUCUUAUUUCUUAUGCUGUAGGUUAUGUCAGUAGUAUGGUUACUUAUGUUAUGUUGAUAUUUCAGGAUGCCGACUAAGGCUUCUUCAUUCUUCCACUUAUAAUCCGGGCACGCAAAUAAGAAUACUGAAUCCUGGUUAAACUUACAGUACUUUAUUGAACACACUUUAUAUUGAUAAUAUUAAUAAAUAAUCCUUGCAUGAAUGUAAUUUCACAUAUAUAUCUAUAGUAUUCCAUCAUUAAGAAAGACACGUCCUCAUACUACUAUAACUCAGCUCAACUGUCUAAUCACACAGCUCUCACGCUACUGUUCUCUACUGCUCUGCGCUCAGCUCUCACUAUCUCAGUCAACUCAUACUUCAUUACCAGCAAAGCGUGGAAAACAACCGCUCUGACAAAAACAUAAUUUUACUCUCCAAAAACGUGGAGUUCACAUUUGCAUCUCAAAAUACAUGGUCAACACAAUUCACUGUUCACUCAUGCUACCUCUCUGUUUUCAUGUGAAAACAUAGUCCGUUACAGUAAUAAAACUAAAUAAUAAUAAAAGUCUUAUAUAGCGCGGUACCCCAGCCUAGGGCUGGGCUCACCGAGCUGUACAUAAAAAUUUUAUCAAAAGAGACAUAAUCAUGACAUUAAAAUAAAAUACAUUUAUGAAAUAAAGAACAGCAAUGUAUAUUCACCCACCCCACCACAUAACUUUUACAAGGCAAACCAUGGAUGGCAGCCAGCAAGAUCGUUUAUUGGUCAGAGGAGGGGAAUCAGUCAGGGUAGUAUAAUUUAAAAAGAUAUGUUUUUAGUGCAGUUUUGAAGGCCUGGGUGGUUGGUAUAUUGCGUAUGUGUAGUGGCAAAGAAUUCCAUUGUUUGGGGGCGCAGAAAGAGAAAGAUCGUUCACCAUAAGUUUUAGUGUGUGUCUUUGGAACUGACACAAUACGCGUGUCUGCAGAAGAGCGAAUCUGUCGAAGGGGUGAAUAGACAGAAAGAAGUUCGGUUAGAUAGGAAGGGCAGGAAUCCAAGAAAAAGUUGUGACAGAGAACAGACAACUUAUAGUCAAUGCGUGCCUGUAUAGGUAGCCAAUGAAGGGAAUGGAGUAGCGGAGUGACGUGAUCACGUUUUUUUGUCUUUAAAACUAGCCUAGCAGAUGAGUUUUGAACUUUCUGCAGUUUUUCUAUGCAGUGUUUUGGUGAACCUGACAGAAGAGAGUUGCAACAGUCAAGACGAAUAAAAUUAUUCGUGCAAAUUUGUUAAAUUUCAAUUAGGAUUUAAUUUAUAUUGUUGUGUUUUUACAAUUUAAUUUUCUAAAAAAGCAUCCCUUCUCUUGUAAUUCAGGGCAGACACAAAAGUGGAGAAGGAUGACAUAGUCAACAUUAUUGGGGAGUUUCAUAAUGACACCUGUGUGCUGAGUGACAAGAGUGGUCUCAUCAUUGUCAACCCAGAUCUACUCUUGUCUGGAACGCUGGUUGUAUCAUCUAUUUUUUGUCCUAGAAAGUAA